GCGGGAGUCAGCGGGCCGGAGAGGCGGCGGGCCACCCUGGGCCGCCCUGGGCUCUGCCGUGGGUGUUGACCGCCCCCUCGGAGAGUCCCCGCAGACAUGGCGGAGAGCUGGCUACGCCUCUCGGGAGCAGGGACGGCGGAGGAGGCCGGGCCGGAGGGCAGCCUGGAGGAGCCCGACGCCCUGGAUGACAGCCUGACCAGCCUGCAGUGGCUGCAGGAAUUCUCCAUCCUCAACGCCAAGGCCCCCGCCCUGCCCCUGGGGGGCACCGACCCCCAUGGCUACCACCAGGUGCCAGGCUCGGCCGCGCCAGGGUCACCCCUGGCGGCCGACCCCGCCUGCCUGGGGCAGCCGCACACGCCAGGCAAGCCCACGUCGUCCUGCACAUCCCGGAGCUCGCCCUCGGGGCUACAGGCUUCGCCCCCCGACGACGUGGACUACACCACCAACCCCAACGUGAAGCCGCCCUACUCGUAUGCCACGCUCAUCUGCAUGGCCAUGCAGGCCAGCAAGGCCACCAAGAUCACCCUGUCAGCCAUCUACAAAUGGAUCACAGACAACUUUUGCUACUUCCGCCAUGCUGAUCCCACCUGGCAGAAUUCCAUCCGCCACAACCUGUCCCUGAACAAGUGCUUCAUCAAAGUGCCUCGGGAGAAGGAUGAGCCGGGCAAAGGGGGCUUCUGGCGCAUCGACCCCCAGUAUGCCGAGCGCCUGCUGAGUGGGGCCUUCAAGAAGCGGAGGCUGACCCCGGUCCACAUCCACCCAGCCUUUGCCCGCCAGGCCGCGCAGAAGCCCAGCACCACCCCGUGGGCCAGGCCGCUGACCGUGAACACCGAGGCCCAGCAGCUGCUGCGGGAGUUUGAGGAGGCUACCGGGGAGGUGGGUUGGGGUGCGGGCGAGGGCAGGCUAGGGCAUAAGCGAAAACAGCCACUGCCCAAGCGGGUGGCCAAGGUCCCUCGACCUCCCAGCACCCUGCUGCUGACCCAGGAGGAGCAGGGCGAGCUGGAACCCCUCAAAGGCAAUUUUGACUGGGAGGCGGUCUUCGAUGCCGAUGCUCUGGGGGGGGAGCUGGGCGCACUGGAGGCCCUGGAGCUGAGCCCGCCACUGAGCCCGGCCUCGCACGGGGACGUGGACCUCACUGUCCAUGGCCACCACAUCGACUGCCCUGCUACGUGGGGGCCUUCGGUGGAGCAGGCUGCCGACAGCCUGGACUUCGACGAGACCUUCCUGGCCACGUCCUUUCUGCAGCACCCUUGGGACGAGAAUGGCAGUGGCUGCCUGCCCCCUGAGCCCCUCUUUGAGGCUGGGGAUGCCACCCUCGCUGCCGACCUGCAAGACUGGGCCAGUGUGGGCGCCUUCUUGUAAGAGGCCAGGCCCCAUCCCCACCUGCGGACAGCACCCAAGUCAGGGCCCAGACUGCCCCCCAACUCAGGCCCAUGGAACCCUGCUGCCCAGACAGGGGCUGGGCCGAGUCUCCUGAGGCUGGCCC